UCGGCAUCAUUAAAAAAAAAUAGAUCCAAUUUUUAUAAAUCUCAACUACUAGAAACUCAACUCAACUAUGUCUGGUCGUGGUAAAGGUGGUAAAGUUAAAGGCAAGGCAAAGUCACGAUCAAAUCGUGCUGGAUUACAAUUUCCAGUUGGUCGUAUUCAUCGAUUAUUGCGUAAAGGCAAUUAUGCUGAACGCGUUGGUGCAGGUGCUCCAGUCUACUUAGCUGCCGUUAUGGAAUAUUUGGCUGCUGAAGUUCUUGAAUUGGCUGGCAAUGCAGCACGCGAUAAUAAGAAGACAAGAAUCAUUCCUCGUCAUUUACAGUUGGCCAUACGUAAUGAUGAAGAAUUGAACAAAUUAUUGUCUGGUGUUACAAUUGCACAAGGUGGUGUACUACCAAACAUUCAGGCUGUACUUUUGCCAAAGAAAACAGAAAAGAAGGCUUAAAUUAUUUUAUUUUAUUUAUUA